UCGUGUCAUUCUGUGGAAUCCGCCACCUGAAACACAGUAUAAAACACACACACACACACACAUACACACACACACACACACACACACACUGAGUGAACAGUGAGUCUCUGCUGCAUUUGAUCAUCUCAGAUCAGAGUGUGUGAAGAUGAUUCCACCUGGUGAUUGUCUGUAUGCCGGCAGAAAGAGGAGGAAACCCGUUCAGAAACACAGAAAACCAUCACCAGCCACUGACAAAUCAAACCCGUCAAAACGGCAUCGUGACCGUCUGAACGCAGAACUGGACCGUCUGGCGGGUCUGUUGCCCUUUUCACCCGAGAUCAUCUCGAAACUAGACAAACUGUCUGUGCUCCGUCUGAGCGUCAGUUACCUGCGAGUCAAGAGCUUCUUCAACGACACGGGUCAUGAGAAUCCACUUCACAAACACACGAGCAGGAAAAACAACGAGAUGACAACACAGACAUGUGUUCAAGAGAGCCAACUUCUGCUAGAGUCUUUAGCAGGUUUUGUACUGGUCGUCAGUGCUGAUGGGAUGGUCUUCUACGCAUCCUCUUCUAUAGUUGACUAUCUGGGCUUCCACCAGACAGAUGUGAUGCAUCAGAAUGUGUUCGAUUAUAUUCAUGUGGACGACCGGCAGGAGUUCAGACAGCAGCUGCAUUGGGCCAUGAACCCGUCACUGACGACAUCUGACUUGCAGGCCGGCACGGGUGAAGAUUUUGUUGUGAGCAGUUUAUUUCACUCCAAUGAGACGGCCGACGUUCCUCCAGAAUUCACCUGCUUCUUAAAUCGCUGUUUUAUCCUGCGAUUUCGCUGUUUACUGGACAGCACGUCUGGAUUUCUGACGAUGCAGUUUCAGGGGCAACUGAAGUUUCUUCACGGUCAGAGGAAGAAGACUCCAUCCGGAAGCGUUCUGCCGCCUCAGCUCGCACUCUUCUGUGUCGCCGUUCCCCUCUUGCUGCCCUCCAACAGUGACAUAAAGAUGAAGAACACGAUGAUGAUGAUGAAGAACAAACACAAGAACCACAAUGUUAACAGUGACAAUCAUUUCAGACGACACACAGCGAUGAGUGAUGGCGUAGAGCCCGACGGACCUGUGAGGUCACACGAGCCCUGGACGCCGCAUUCUAAAGACAACAUCAAGUACAAGAGUGAAGAUUACUAUGAUCAGGACAAGCCCUUGAACUUCUGCAGGUCUGCACUGAAGUUCUCCAGCCUGGACGACUCAUGGAGAAUCUCCGACAGGGCCCUCAGGACACCUCACGGGGCCAACAACGUCCUGUCCGGGGCCCGAAUGAGCAAACACUACGCCAAACCAUAUCGACUGUCUCCGGGAUAUUAUAAUAACAGAGUGGAUGCAUUCAUACCGAAGAUGUACGAGAGUCUUGAGGAUGGCAUGAAGAGUGAGAUCUUCAGUUACGAUGCUCACGGUGAGGGAUUUGACGGUCAUGUGAUCUCUGAGCUGCCUAUAAAGGUGGAGCCGGACUCGGACUCCGAGAACGGAUCCAAUGUGUAUGGACGCUCAUGGGCGGCACACCAGCGCUACACGAACAACUACGAUGGAGUUCAAAUGAAAGCGGAGAGCGAAGACGGCGAGCAGUAUUCACCCUGUCAGAGGUCAAAGGGUCACGCGAUGACGUACGGCGGCCACUAUCAGAAUGCUUACAGUGCCGUGCCGCGACCUCUCAAGUGUGUCCUGAACAAAGAGCAGCAGAAGUCAAACCACCAUGACAUGCUCUCAAACUCCACAGACGAUUCUUAUGCUGUUCCAUACAUGCAGAGCGACUACAAAACAGGCUACGAGUUCAGAGGUCAAGGGUUACUUCAGUGCAUCAAAGAGGAGCCCCUGGACUCUCCGCCGUGGCAAAUAAACAGUCAAAGAAAUGUCAUGAAUAACUGUGUGAUGAAUGGCCCACCGCAGAAGAUCAGCCCGUAUGUGUUCAUGCAGUGAGUCUCAAACUUCCUCUUGUAAAUAAAUGUGAGAUUCGGCAGAUACUCCUGGAAUAUUCCGCAGAGACUCCUGGAAUAUUCCGCAGAGACUCCUGGAAUAUUCCACAGACCCCUUGAUUAUUUCCGCAGAGACUCCUGGAAUACUCCACAGACUCCUGGAAUAUUCCACAGAUACUCCUGGAAUAUUCCACAGAUACUCCUGGGAUACUCCACAGAUACUCCUGGAAUAUUCCACAGAUACUCCUGGAAUAUUCCACAGAUACUCCUGGAAUACUCCACAGAUACUCCUGGAAUAUUCCACAGAUACUCCUGGAAUAUUUCACAGAUACUCCUGGAAUAUUUCACAGAUACUCCUGGAAUACUCCACAGACUCCUGGAAUAUUCCACAGAUACUCCUGGAAUAUUCCACAGAUACUCCUGGAAUAUUUCACAGAUACUCCUGGAAUAUUUCACAGAUACUCCUGGAAUAUUUCACAGAUACUCCUGGGAUACUCCACAGAUACUCCUGAGAUACUCCACAGAUACUCCUGGAAUACUCCACAGAUACUCCUGGAAUAUUUCACAGAUACUCCUGGGAUACUCCACAGAUACUCCUGGAAUACUCCACAGAUAUGCUUCUUAACUGGUUUUGCUCCAGGACUCAGAAUAGGACAGCAAGCGCCGACGCAACACAAAUAAAACAAAAAGGGCUUCAAAUGAAACAUUGAAACGUAUUAAUAUGACCAUGAACUGAAAACACCUUCAUGACUGUCAGCCUGAAUAAGACAACAGAUGAUUCUUUAAAUGUAUAAACAACAACAGAAGUGUGAUUUACCAGCAUAACACUGAACAAACAUUGUAUUAAUAUUAUCCAUAUCACCAAAAGACAGACGUCUGUGACUCAAGAUCCACCAGUUAAGAAGCAAUAAUGUACAUUUCUGAAAAUGUUAAAAGAUGGAAAUUCUUGUGGUCCGUUUCAAACACACAUUUCUGCCGCUGACGCACACGUUUCAAAGUUCUGUUAAUUUCAGGAUGUGGUUUAGCUGCUGCGGUUUCAUAGGAAACCUUUGAUGAUUUGGUUGUUAGGUUUUGUUUGGUUUGUUUACAAUAUUUUUGUAUCAUUAUAUUUAGUUUUAUGCACUUUUAGUUUAGUGGUGCCAAUAUUUACUUGCAGUGCUUCAUACAAUAAUGACAUAAAACAUGGACAAUCAUUAAAAAUAUCAAAUAAAACUGAUGCUAAAUCUGUCAUCUUAAAUAUUUUACUUUUUGAUUUGCUGAGAAUAUUGUGUCUUGACAAUUGUUUUUAACAAGCAAUUGUUUUAUUAAAGCUGUAUUUUGAUGUUAAUCAGUAUUAAAAGGAAGAAAACUGAAGGAUUUAUUCUGCAAAAGAAGUUUGUUUAGAUGUCAAAAGGUGAUAAAACACCAAUUAAAACAUUUGAAAUACCAAUAAAAUAAUAUUCAAGCUCUUAAAUAUGUUUAAUCAGAUUCAUGUCACCAUUGAUAAGAAUGUAAACAUGUGUGUGACGCUGUUUCCCCCGUAUAAAACUGUUCAAUGUAUUAGUACAUUUGCACUACUGGAACUCAUUAAAAGAAACCCUUCCGAGACACAAUGUCAUUUUCACAGUUUCUUACCUGUCCUUUUAUUUUUUAUUUAUUGUUUAAAAUAGCAACUUUGAGUCCUUGCACUAUUUCAGGAAGGAUUUGAACGUGACGUUUUGACUCAACAUCAAUGAAUAUUAUAAGAUACAGAAAUGUUUCAGGCAACAUUGUAGCAACAAUCACUCCAUUA